UCUGAGCCCAAGAGGCUGCUACCGGAGCUGGCUAACAGCAACCGAGAAGGAGGAGGAGAGAUACUGGAGGGGACAGAGGCGAAGAACAAGGCGGUGGUGCGAGAGUUGUAUGAGGCCAUAAACCGCCGGGACGUCGCAAGAGUGCACCGGCUGCUGGCGCCGGACCUCGAGUGGUGGUUCCAUGGCCCGCCCGAGCGCCAGCACCUGAGGCGCCUGCUCACCGGCGAGGAAGAGGAGGGUGACAUCGUCACCUUCCAGCCCGGUCCCCAGGAGGUCGCCGCCUUCGGCUCCAUCGUGCUCGCCGAGGGCUGCGGCCCCGGCGCGGUGGUGUGGAUCCACGCCUGGACCGUCGGCCCCGGUGGGGUCAUCACCCAGGUCCGGGAGUACUUCAAUACCUCCCUCACCGUCACCCGACUCGGCGGCGACUCGGCCCCGGCACCCACCGACGGUUCCGCUAGGUCGACUCAGUGCUGCCUGCCCGUGUGGCAAAGCAGACUGCACCGGCGUGCCCCGAAGUCACUUCCUGGGCUUGUGCUCGCUAUAUGAAUGCAUAUAACCAGUUAAGCUCGACACGAACAAAUAGUUCGAGUCUGUAUGGUUUGCACCACUGUCGUUAUUGAGUCGAGGGUUUGGUCUGUAGGAGUCUCUUUGGGUGUGUCACAGUAGUAGGUUGUGUGGUAUUUUUGCAUGUCAUAGGGUGUGGUCUGUGUCUCUUCGUUGCGCGAUGUACGUUUGCUUGGUUGCUUAUCGAAUAAAAGAUGUGUUAGUGGUGAUUCAUAAGAA